AAAUGGGUCAUUCUUUUACCUGUUUAAACAAUUACCUGUGUAGAGAUCACGUGACCAAAUAUGCGACAUUUUGAACCAAAGAGUGUUUACCUGUGGCACGAUAUAGGAAAUAAGUUGAGAUCGCAAUUUUACUGAAUUUAAUGUGAUCGAAAAGUUAAUUAGAAAUGAUAAAUGUAUUAACUACCGUCGUCCUUUCGUCAAUAUUUUGCUCAGUUUUUGCUGCAAGACCAGAAAUAGUGGAUGAUAUUUUACCAGAGGUUAAAAAACAAGGUCAAACUGCAUACCUGAAUUGUUCUGUCAUAAAUUUACAGUCUCCUGCACAGUUACAAUGGAUUAAAAAGACCACACCAACUGGUGACCCUUUACACAUCUCCUCAGAUGAAACUAUUCGUAUUAAUGAAGUUGUUGAAGGAAGAAGGAAAUAUGAUGUUGUUAAAUACGGUAACACCAAUCGUUUAAUGUAUCAACUGAUUGUUAGAUCUUUAACGGAGACUGAUGCAGGGAACUAUACAUGUCAGAUCUAUCUACCCAAUCAGAAUUACAAAGAGUGGCCACAAAAGUUGGGUGUUUUAACUGUACAAAUUGCUCCUACUAUAAAAGCUGAUAGUGCUGCCAGUAUAACUGUACAGGAAAAUCAAAAUAUCACACUGACAUGUGAAGCUAAUGGAAAUCCUGCUCCAAAUAUAACAUGGAAAAGAGGAGAUGGAUUCCCCCUCCCCAAUGGUGGAUUCCAGCAAAGGGGUGGAAUUUACAAGGUUUACCAAAUCAAUGCCACAGAUCGUGGACAGUUUAUUUGUAUCGCUGACAAUAAUGUUAAACCUCCAGCAUCCUACACAGUACAGCUUGAAGUCAGGUUCUCUCCUUACUGUUCAGCUGUCCAGGAUACUGUAGGUCAGGCACAGAAUCGGAGGUUUCAUGCAAAACUAGAGUGCUUAGUAGCAGCUAAUCCUAGAGCGGAAGUUAUAUGGUAUAAAGAAAACAAAGCAACACAAGAAAAAGAACAAAUUCAGGACAAUGACAAAUACAAAUUAGAACAACAAGAUGAUCAAAGAUUGAAAGCUGAUGAGAAAUGGUACACUCUUGAAAUAAAAAAUGUACAAGGAAAUGAUUAUGGAGCUUAUUAUUGUACAGGGAAAAAUGAACACGGAGAAAAUCAAGCUCAAUUUCAACUUUUUGAAACUAUGGAAUGUCAAGGACAGAACUGUCCAUCUGUCGGAGCAGGGAAGGCGCCAUCUACUUAUCAAGUUUCCAUGGUAACAUUUAUGUUUGGACUCAUUAUUAGCUUCAGUAUCAAUAAGUGCUUCCAAAGGAUGGUGAAUGUGUUAUAUUUCGUCUUUCUUUCAUCACUGCUGUAUAUAGUUUUUGCUGAAACACCAGAAAUCGUGGAUGAUAUUUUACCACAGGUGAUAAUACAAGAUGAAACUGCAUACCUGAAUUGUUCUGUCAUAAAUUUACAGUCACCAAGACAGCUGCUUUGGGUUAAACAGACGGAAUCAGUUGAUUUCCAAUUCCUUUCCUCAGGUGAAACUGUUUAUACUGAUGUUGAAUAUAAUCCAGUAGAGUUAAGAGAAAAAUAUGAUGUGGCGAAGUACAUAUCAAACAAUCGUGAAAUUUACCAACUGAUUAUUCGAUCCUUAGGGCAGUAUGAUACAGGGAAUUAUACAUGCCUAAUCUCUCUACCAAAUAAGAGUAUAAAGGAAUGGCCUCAGACGUCGGGGAGUUUAACUGUGCUAACCGCUCCUGUUGUAUGGCCUUUCAUCGACCAAUAUGAAGAUCCCCAAAAAGGAAAAAAUCUUACACUAUUGUGUGAGGCUGACGGAAAUCCAGCACCAAAUAUUACAUGGAAAAGAAGAGAUGGAUCCCCACUGGCUAAUAGUAGAUUCAAACAACGGGAUCAAGUCAGGUGUCUGCAUGGGGACUUUUGGUGUGUUUCCCUUGACAUUUACCAAGUAGAAGCCACAGAUCGUGGAGAGUAUAUUUGCAUCGCUGAUAACAAUAUUGAUCCACCAGGUUCCGUCACAUAUCAAAUCGAAGUCAGAAUUCCUUUUCACUUUACAGCUAUCCAGGAUAGAGUGGGCCAGGGACAAAAUAGGUGGUUUGAUGCAAAGCUAGAAUGCUUAGUAGACGCGUAUCCAAGAGCUAGAAUUAUAUGGUACAAAGACAGCCAAUACACACAAGAAAGAGUACAGAUUCAGAAUAGUGAGAGAUACGUAUUAAAACAACAAGAUGAUCAGAGAUUGAACCCAUAUGGGAAAUUGUAUACUCUUACGGUACUCAAUGUACAGGGAAAUGAUUAUGGAUAUUAUUACUGUACAGGCAGAAAUAAAUAUGAAGAAGAUCAAGUUAAAUUUUUACUUUUUGAAACUGACGAAUGCCAAGGACCAGACUGUCCAUCUUGGAUGAUCGGAGUAAAAAACUAAUUUCCUAUCAUGUUUCCGUAUUUCAGUUUUGACUCAGUAUAAGCUUCAAUAUCAA